AUGGUCAAUUAUUCUAAAGCAGAUUCCAAAAGAAAUUUUCAAUUGAUUAUAGGUAAUAAAAUAUUAUAUAUUAAUGCUCAUUACCUUGCAACAUUAUCACCAUACUUUGAUAGUUUAUUUUUUUCUACAUUUAAAGAAUCAACUGAUAGAAAAGUUACUUUAUAUGAUGAUGAUCCACAAGAAUUAGAAAUAUUAUUUAAUUAUAUGUGUCCUAAUGAUGAUUAUACAUACAAUAAAAAAAUUACCGAAGAUAAUCUUCCUAUUUUAAUAUAUUAUUCUGCAAAAUUUUUAAUACCUGAACUUAAAAAAGAAAUUGUCAAAUUUAUUUCAACAGAUUUUGAUGAACAACUUAAACAUAUAACAUAUGAAAGAAGUCUUCAAAUUUUAAUUGAAUGUAUCAAUGCUCAAUAUACUCAAUCAGAAUGUUGGUCAAUCUGUAGAAAUGUUGGAAGACAUGGUGAACAAAAAAUAAGAAAUACAAUGAAAGAUAUGCCAAAUGAAAUUAUUGAUUUGGUUAUAAAAUAUGCCAGAGCACAUUUUUAUUUAUUAACAGAAUCUCAAUUACCAUUUAUUACAAAAGGACGUACACAUCAAUGGGGAGUUGAUAAUCUUUAUUUGUUUUUAUAA